CAGUCAUCCUUCUAUUUAUUCCCCUCUAAUAAUCUAAUCUACGGAAAGCCAUUUCAUUGUCCCUACUCAGAAAAAACCAGCUGUCCUUCUGUUUAUUCCCCUCUAAAAGCCUAAUCUACAAAACCCAUUUCAAUUCCAUUAUUUACCUGUUUUUCUAUUUGCCCUGUCCUUUUCUCAAAACCAAACACAUAAAACAGAAGUUCCCUGAAUUUUCCAUUUUCACAUGGCAAGGCCAUUAAUUGACGUGUUUUCCAUCACAAUCUUUCCCGAAUCAUUGUCAUGUGCUAUUCACGGUAGUAUAUCAGCCUAUGAUAAAUUGGAUCCAGAUUUUGAAACCUAUGAACUCUAUGAACAUGAUGCUGAACAUGCUGACCUUAUCUCCGAGAAUGGGCAAGCCUUACUGGUCACAGAUCUUGACACUGUAUUGUUGAUGCAAAAACCUGUUAUUACUUUCUUUCUUAAGGAUAGGGACAAGGAUGAUGCUUUAAUAGCCAGUGGUGUCGUUGAAUUAGACGAUGCAACAAGCAAUGACUAUGAAGAAAUUAAGCACUUGGAAGUUAAAGGAAGCUGCGGACACGCUACGGUGAACUACGUUGCAUUGUCUUGUGCAGUUGUCGCUGACAUUUCUGUCUUACUAUUGGAACGUUUAGGUUCGAAUUUUGUUCGUGGCCAAGUGGAUUCCGACACGGGUAGCAUUCCUGUUUUUGGUAGUAUAGUUGUUCAUUAUGGCAAGACGUUUGGUCGCACAGAACACCUUUCAAUUACGCUUUUGAACACAUCCUCAAAUCAGUCUACACCAAUUAUUUUCGAGUCAGAGAAGGCUUAUAUGGAGCUUACAAGAAAUCUAGUGGCUGUACCCAUUUAUUCGUCUUUGAUAGUUAAAACAAUCUUUACUGAGACAAACUCAAACCAGACUUUUAUUAAUGAGAGUGCUGAAGUGUGGCCUGCAUCGGCUGAGAGAGCUUGGUCGAAGCUUGGGUAUGCCAACAGAAGAUGUUGUGCAAUUGAUUAUGAACGUCAUGCUCGUAUAUGUUUGAAAUGGUUGGAACCAUUUAGGCUACAACCGUCAGCUCAUAAAUUGAGGGACUCAGUUCAUGACUGUCAGGGAGACAUUUUGUUGGAAGUGUUUUCUGUUUCAAUUGGUCGGGAAAACGAUAAUGAUUUGAGCGUGGCUGGCACAAUUACGAUUGACCUAGUAGAUGAUGAUAUAGUUAUUUUCAAAAGAGAUAAGAAUGAUCCAGAGAGAUUGUUGGAUGGUAGAAAGUUGCUAUCUAUUGUUAACCCAUAUAAACCUAUAGAGUUUAUGUCAGAGUGUAUAAAUGUCAACAUGAGAAUAGAGUUGACAGAUGUUAAUCGUGGUCUCCUGACAGUGGAUGGUGAUGCCUAUUUUUACACAAUUUAUUUACUUGAAGAAUAUGUUCAACAGGAAUUUGAUAGGCUCUUGUGUUCAGCAGUUGAAGGUGAGGGUGGCUAUUGUGCAAUACACUACGCAGUCUUCAAGUCAGCUAUACGUAUGAAAGUGAAUGUUUAUUUGUUGUGCAAAGGUGUUGAUGUCCCUGAAUAUCAUGGAAGGAUUGUUGCUUGGUCUGACAUGUUUGACUACACAAGAGAGUAUGAUAGAAAAUAUUAUCGGAGAAUCUUGUUUGACAAGCCUGAUGAUGACAAAGAUUCCCUAUGGAAUGUGGCUUCUAAGAAGAUGAAGACGGAUCAGAUCUUUUCAGAUAAGCCUAAGACUAAAGUAAAGCUUUCUAGUUCUUAUGUUGUCGUGCCUGUUAAUUGUGCCUUGCAUAUUGAUCUAGAUUUGUCUGUAAGCUCUCAUCGAAGAGGCGAUCCUGCUUCUGCUCAACGGUUGCAGGAUACUUUAAAAUUCAAGGUUGGUGGCAAAUCUUCGAUUAAAAUAGGAGAAGAUUUCGACCUGUUCAUAAAGGUAUCCUGAGUCUGUUCACUUGUUAUCAGAGAAUAUCCUUGAUUAAAUCAGUGGCUAUUUCCAGGAAAGUUAGAUGCACUAGUGUUAUUGUCACCAUUACUUAAACUUUCUGCAAUAAAAGGUUGUUUGGCACAUAUAGAAAUACAUGAGAAGUAUAACUGUCUAGGAAAUAAGAUGAGGUAUUGUUGUUUGGGUGAUAAAAUAUGUCGCUAGUGCAAAUUCCCACUAAUACUAUUUCACAUAAAUUGGUGAAAGUUAUUUAUAAUUAGGAAUUAGGUAAGUAGAAUUUUCAUGGAAAGUUAUUCUUCUCAUGAUUAACCAAAUAAAAUUUUUCAUUUUCUAGGAAUUGAAACUUUAAGGAAUAAGUUACUAUAAUAUACAUUCCACUAAAAGAGAACUAAAUGUAUCAAAAAAAAAAACUAAAAGAGAA